AUUUGACCAUGCCUGAUUUAAGGCAUGAAAUAUAAGAGACAGAGGCAACAUAAUAUUCUGGCCUUUAAAUUGAGGGAGGCACACUUUUCCCAUAUCCCUGCCUGGUGCUCUGAUCACUAUACACAUUGUGGCCCCUUCUACACUGCCAUAUAAUCCAGUUCAAAGCAGAUAAUCUAGAUUUUAUAUGGCAGUGUAGAAGGUGCCAGACUCUCUCCAUUUAGCUAUUAUAAGUAACACCUUCCGUAGCUGCAUCUGACUGCUGGUCUGUUGAAGCAAGUUCCCGUUACAACAUCUUGUGGUAGUAAAUUCCACCAAUCGAUCAGUUAUAAAACUUGGUAUAAUUAUCGAAUGACCUGCAAUGUAAGAGUCCAGGAAACUCCAUCGAAUUCAAUAAGGAAAAUUUAUAUAGCAAGAGUGGAUGCAGUGUUGCCCUCUCUUUGCUGUUGGAUUGCAACUCAUAGCAAUCCUUAUCACUGGAUAUAUUGGACGAGCUGAUGAGGAUUACAGUCUAUCAACCAUUGGAGGCUGAUACUUGCUUAGCCCUGAAGUACAGGCAGUCCCCAAGUUGCAAACAUCAGAUUUACAAAAUGACUCACAGUUAAGAAGGGAGGUGAGAUAACAGAAAGUGAGAGAAAUCUAAUUUACCCCUCAGAAGGGAAAUUCACUCCAGGAAGAGUUCUUGUAGGGAAAAGGUGUCUCCACUGAAGCUUUAUUGCCAAUCCUUGUUUCCACAACAAGCCACAUUUUUCAAAAUCCAAUUCUCACAGGGACAGAGAGUGAGGUGAAAUCUUCUGUACAGAGGAAUGCCAUCAGGGUUGUUAACCGUUCCCUGUGUUCUCCAAAACUUAUAUAUUAUAUAUGUGUGUGUGUAUAUAUAUAUUAUUGACAUUAAAUCUAGCUGAGUCCGGCUCUAGGAGGUAGUCCUCAUCUCAAUUUCUUAGCUGAAGAGCCCUUGUCCAUAGACGCCUCCUAGGUCAUGUGGCCUGCGUAACUGCAUGGAGCGCCAUAACCUUCCUGCCGAAACAGUAUCUAUUGGUCUACAUAUGCUUGAAUUGCUAGGUUGGCAAAAGUUGGGGCUAGCAACGGGAGCUCAACCGUCCCGUGGAUUUGAACCGCCAACCUUUCAUUCAGCAAGUUCUGCAGCUUAGCGGCUUAACCUCCUGUGCCACCACAGCCCCAUUAUAUAUAAUUUUUUGACUGGAGUUACACUUUCGAAAUGUACCUGUUCUGACUUAUAUACAAAUUCAACCUAAGAACAAACCUACAGAACCUAUCUUGUUCGUAACAUGGGGAUCGCCUGUAUAGAGUUGUAAUCUGGUAUCUUUAAUCAUAGACAGCUCUACAUCAAUGGUUUCUAACCUUAGAUAUCUAGAUGUCAUUGGAUUACAACUUCCAGGAUCCUCUAGUCACGGUUUAUGCAAGCUGGGGAUUCUAGGAGUUGAGAUCCAGUAACAUUUUAGGACUCCGGAUUGGUAACAAUCCCUAUGUGAACUUUGUUGUUUUUGACUUGUUGUGACCUGACCUAAUGUGACUUUAUAGGGUUUUCUUGGCAAGAUUCAUUCAGAGGGAGUUUGUCUUUGCCUUUUUCUGAGGCUGAGAGAGUGUGACUUGCUCAAGGUCACCCGGUUGAUUUCCAUGGCCAAGCAGGGAUUUGAACUUUGGUCUCCAGAGUUGCAGUCCAGUGCUCAAAUAACUAUAUCAUGCUGGCUUUCAGUGUGAACCCUACUGCUUCUCUUUUUAGAAAAUAACAAUGAUAUGGGACCAAAUGUGGUUGGUGAUACAGGAGAGGUUUUUGUGUGUGAAUGUACAGUUUGCUUUUGAAAAGUCUUGCCAUGGGAAAUCGGUUCCCCCGAUAAACCCCACCACAUAGUUUUCAAUUCAGACAGCAGUCCAGUUGUCGGCAAAAUGUGCCACAGAAAUCUGCCAAGUGACAACAUUAGCUUUUAGUGGAGGAGAAUGGAGGGAUGAAGUACACCCUCCAUUAAGUCAGGCUCAGCUGACCAUGUUUCCAGACUGAAGGCAAAAAAAUGUAUUUAUACAGAGCUAUGUUCCCACUUAAGCAUCUGUUGAAAGCCGAACAGCCUGCAGAUUUGUGAAUAGCCAUAGCUUUGCAUUAGCUGUUUCGAUGGAGACAUGAGUGUGAGAUCAUGCAUUGCUUUUCCAAAAAGUAUAUUAAAUUGAAAGAAACAAAAGCAGGUUAGUGAGAGCGCCACAGCAAGAGAGUGCUUUGUAGAACCACCAUGAAUUGUGUCUGGAGAUAGCAGAAGAGUGAAUACUCGUGCAUUCUUCAUGAUGAGAUGUCAUGCUGAAGUCUGAUAACAAAAGUGAAAGGAAGAGGCCUCCAUGCUUUUCUUGAGCCACAUGCUGUUUUAUAAUCAGGAAAGUGGUUGGUUUUUCCCUUAGCAAUUCUAAAGCCAGAAUGCUAUCUGAAAUCCUGGAGAGAACCAUUUUCAGGCAUAGUUAACAGUAUACACCAGUGGCCUAAUUCAGCAUUCAGUAGCUUCCUGUGUUCCUCUUGCCUUUUGUCCAGCAGCCUUUAUAAAAGGUUGAUCACAAAGCAAAGCAACUCUGGCCGAGAAAGUUAGGAUUUCAUGGCAGAGCUGCCAGUUUUGCUGUGGUUGGGGUUGGGCAAUUCUUUCCCUUCACAUUAUUCUGCAGUUUCAGGACUUGAAAGAAGCUUGAGAAAGAUCUGCCCUUUUCUACCCUUUCUGCUGGUGUGUGGAAAGUCCAGUGAAGUCCCAGCUUUCAUCUGAAGUCAAACAGGACUCAGGCGCAAUGUCUCAGCAGCUUCUCUAUCGAGCUCUGGUAUCUGCUAAAUGGGUGUCUGAAGCAAUUAAGUCAUCUCAGUCUGGGUUGGCUGUCCGACUCUUAGAUGCCUCCUGGUAUCUCCCCAAAAUGAAGCGUGACCCCCAGAAAGAGUUUGAAGAACGGCACAUCCCUGGUGCUGCUUUCUUCGACAUAGACCAGUGCAGCGAUCGUGCAUCACCUUAUGACCACAUGCUCCCCAGAGCAGGGGAGUUUGCAGAGUAUGUGGGGAAACUGGGUGUGAGCAAUGACUCCCAUGUCGUGGUGUAUGAUGCGAGUGAUCAGGGCUUGUUUUCAGCUCCUCGUGUCUGGUGGAUGUUCCGGGUUUUUGGGCACGAUGCCGUUUCCCUCCUAGACGGGGGACUGAAAAACUGGCUGCGGGAAGGGUACCCAGUCAGCUCCGGAAAGAGCCGUUCCGCUUCAGCUGAAUUUCAUGCCUCCCUGGAAAACUCAAUGGUGAAGACCCACAAGGACAUUAAGGAGAACAUUGAGUCGCAGCACUUCCAGGUUGUUGAUGCACGCGCUGCUGGACGAUUUAGGGGAGUGGAGCCUGAGCCCCGGGAAGGUAUUGAGCCUGGCCACAUCCCUGGGUCAGUAAACAUCCCAUUCACCGAUUUCCUAACUGAGGAGGGCUUGGAAAAGAGCCCUGAGAAGAUUCAGAGCUUGUUUCAGGAGAAGAAAGUGGAUCUCUCCAAACCUCUCGUGGCCACUUGUGGUUCAGGUGUCACAGCAUGCCAUGUGGCACUGGGGGCAUACCUGUGUGGAAAGCCUGAUGUGGCCAUUUAUGAUGGCGCUUGGGUAGAGUGGUUCAUGAGGGCACGGCCUGAGCAUAUCAUCUCAGAAAGCAGGGGGAAGAUCCAGUGAGAUACAGCCAUCAGCCUCAGUUGAGGCAGAAACGUUGCCUUGACACUAGGAAGAGGACAGCCUUAACAAUGAUUAAGAUGUUCUGCUGUAAUUAAUGUGGGUGUUUUGUGGUCCCAUUGUAUUGCCUACUUUUAUGGGAAGGGAUGGUGUCCCAUCCCACAGCACUUGUUUAGGGUGGAGCAAAGCACUGGUUAUGGGAUGGCAAGACAAAAAUAUUUUGCUGUUGAAUAUGAGAAUUUGGGGGGUGGGGGGUCUGCUUUACUGGACACAACACAGGAAAAGGGCACAUUUUGGGAAUUAAUUUUGCACUCUAACCGUGGCAAAUUAUUUAAUUUUUCCAGAGCUUGGAACAGUAACUUUUGGAGAGUGUGAUUUCCAGAAUCCCCUAUCCAUCAUUAAUGAGGGAUUCUAUGAUUUAUAUUUCACAAAGUGACAUUUUCAAACACUACAUUUUCCUACCUGCAAUCAUUUUUUCAUACAAUCUGAAAUGACAUUUUUACUCAUUUUUAAAAAACAAUGUCAGAUUAUGAAGAUCCUGUUUAAAAUUAAACGCAACUUUUAAAGUA